CACCGUCACCAGUGGCGUGGGGCGGGGGGGCCAUGGUGGUCUUUGUGGUGCAUUCGGCAGCUGGCGCAGGGCGGCUCACGCACGCGGCGGGGGCUCGUCCCCAGCACCCCGCGUUCCGGCGGCAUCCGCAGACGCUCGGCCGCGGCCACCGCCUGCCCACGCCUCGAGCUCCCCACCGCCACGGUCCCUGCUGGCCCAUGAAGUGACCCAGGGGGGUGGCACAGCCCCUGAUCCCACCAUAGCCACCGCACCAGGCACUGAGGUCUGCUGGCCAUGGGCAACCUGAUAAAGGUAUUGGGCAAAGAUUUAGAAAACUGUCCUCAUUUUUUCCUGGAUUUUGAAAGUUUCACAUGGGGAACCUUCUUAAAGUGUUGACUUAUAACGAACUUGACCAAGGCCCUAAUUUUUUCCUUGACUUUGAAAAGCCCUCCGGGUUUCUCUCCCCGGGGCGCUGCCCUGCAGAUGCGCAGCCGACGGAGGCCGAGACGGCGGUGUGGAACCAGGUGAACGCCGUGCUGGAGGAGGCGCAGGCCGUGCUGGCCGAGCUGCAGUCCUACACGGGCGCCGGGCAGGAGAUCCGAGAGGCCAUCCAAAACCCCGGGGACCUGCGGCUGCAGGAGCGGGCUUGGAGCGCCGUCUGCCCGCUUGUCGCCAAGCUGAAGCGAUUCUACGAGUUCUCCCUGAGGCUGGAGAACGCCCUGCGGAGCCUGCUGGAGGCCCUCACCAGCCCCCCGUACGCCCCGACCCAGCACCUCGAGCGGGAACAAGCCUUAGCCAAGCAGUUUGCAGAGAUCCUGCACUUCACUCUCAGCUUUGACGAGCUCAAGAUGACCAACCCCGCCAUCCAGAACGACUUCAGCUACUACAGAAGGACCAUCAGCCGAAAUCGCAUCAACAACCUGCAGCUGGAUGCGGAGAGCGAGGUGAACAAUGAGAUGGCCAACAGGAUGUCUCUCUUCUACGCCGAAGCCACCCCCAUGCUCAAAACGCUCAGCAAUGCCACCACCAAGUUUGUUUCAGAGAACAAGACGCUCCCGAUCGAGGACACAACCGACUGCCUGAGCACCAUGGCCUGUGUCUGCAGGGUGAUGCUGGAGACCCCGGAGUACCGGAGCCGCUUCACCAACACUGAGACCCUCCUUUUCUGCAUGCGGGUGAUGGUCGGCGUCAUCAUCCUCUACGACCACGUCCACCCCGUGGGGGCCUUCGCCAAGACCUCUAAGAUUGAUAUGAAAGGCUGCAUCAAAGUCUUGAAAGACCAACCUUCGACCAGCACCGAGGGGCUCCUGAACGCUCUGAGGUACACCACUCGGCACCUCAACGACGACACCACGUCCAAACAGAUCCGGGCCCUGCUGCAGUGAGCGCGGGGGGGGCACCGGAGCCGGCCCGACCCCGCGCACCGUCACCGCGUCACCUACACCCAUGACCAUUCCGCUCAUUUUGUACAGAGGGAAAAGGGACAAUGAGGAAUACAUAGAAACGCAACAACAACAAAAGAUCAAAAUGGCCCAAGGCCGCCCCUCAACAUGCUCCUUCCCCCCGCUUCCCACCCCAAAUCAGCGCCUAAUUAUUGGACACAAGGUGCUAGUGGUACCACGGGGACACCGCGCUGGGGGUGCUGGGGCCGGGCAGGAUGGAGACAGGUAGGGAUGUGCUGAUGGGGCCAGUGACAGCACCGGGGACACCUUGGGGAGGGGGUAAGGGGUGGGUGUCACCCUUGCCCCAUCCACGUCCCUGAGCACCCGGAGGAGGAACAAACAUCCCUGUGGAUCCGCAUGAAGUGGUGGAAACGGCUCAGUCACACCUGGGAGAUUUUUAAUACGAGCAGCAAAAUCUCCACUCACCUCUUCUUUUCUACAUUUUUUUGUGGGGGGUGUGAAAUAAAAUGACAUUUAAUCUG